UCCGGUCACGUGGCACAGCCGCGCCCGAAGGGGGGGGGCGCGCCAGGCGCGCAUGUAUACAUAACAUAGUCCCUUCUUGACCGUCUCGCCGUGGAUCUGUGGCGUCUUGUCGGCGGCUCCUGUGUUUAACUCGUAGCAGAAGAUCAGGAGAGAAGCCGAGGAUGACAGCCCCCAGGCCGCUAGGUGCGCUGGUGACAGGCAGGUGACGCUCGGCGGAAGGAUACCUGUCCACCGCAUCCUGUUUGAACGCCCUCAUAUAUAAGAAGGGAGCGCCGGCGGUGCCACCUCAUUGUUUCCUGUCGCUGAGAGGAGAGGUUGUGUAGGUGUCCGUGUCAGUGUGCGCAGCACCUCCCGCGCGGCGCGGAUACGAGCAGCCCCCCUCCCCUGGCCGCCAUGGCUCUUUAAGGCGGCAGGGCCAGCGGCGGCAUCGGCCAGUGCAGCAGGCGCAGCAGCAGCGGCGGCGGCCUCAGCACAUCCCCGGCAUCUGCAACCAUGGCGUUUUUCACGGCACCGCACAGCAGCAUUGCUGUAGUCAACGACAAAACCUUCUGCUUGUCUGCAUCCUUCGACGUCAAAGCGUUAAAAGCUGACGGAAAUGAGCUUCUUGAACAACGAGAUGCUGUUGGGGGAUACAAUAUCCCCCUUCAGCCAGCCGUGUUCGGUGGCUGAGGAAAGUCUGGGACUCCUAGAUGACUACCUGGAGGUGGCCGAGCCCCUCGGUUCGCAUGGGUUCUCCAGCGACAAGGCUAAGGCAGUCUCCUCCAACUGGCUUGCUGUGGACAGUAUAGGCAACACCAUAGAUAGCAGUCAGGAGGAUGCCUUCUCUGGCAUGGAGUGGAUGGUGGAGAAGAUGGAUCUGAAGGAAUUUGAUUUUGAUGCCCUGUUAGGUAUGGAACAUCUGGAAGCCACCGUCUCACCAGACGAGCUGAUGGCCACGUUGGAAGACACGUGUGAUCUAUUUAAUGCUACCAUCCAGGAAUUUCACAACAAAGAACUUCCACUGAUGAAUAACAUAAUCACCCAUGUCCCUGAAUCCCCAGUUGCAGCCGAUCCAAUGGCUCCACUGAGUUCCCUUUGGUCUUUUCCCCUCUGCCCAGGGUCUCUGACUUCCACUCCAGAUCACUCAUUUAGCUUAGAACUAGGUAGUGAAGUGGAUGUUCUGGAAGGAGAAAGAAAGCGGGAGUUCCCCACUGUUGUGGUGGUGAUCACAAAGUCUGAGAAAGAGGAGGAGAACCACUCUGACGAUAGUGGAAUAUGCAUGAGCCCAGACUCCUACCUGGGAACCCCCCAACACAGCCCUACCCAUUCAGUUGGAUCCCCCAAUGACAACCAGUUCCCUGCAGAUGCCCCUUGUGGCUCUGUGCGGUCCAAACCAUAUGAUCAUCCUGCGGAGAAGGUAGUGUCAGCAAAGGUGAAAGGAGAAAAAAAAAUGGAUAAGAAACUAAAAAAGAUGGAGCAGAAUAAGACAGCUGCCACGCGUUACCGGCAGAAGAAGAGGGCGGAACAGGAGGCGCUGUCUGGGGAGUGCAGAGAGUUGGAGCAGAAGAACCAGGCCCUGAAGGAGAAAGCAGAUUCCCUUAGUAAGGAAAUUCAGUACUUAAAAGAUCUGAUUGAAGAGGUCCGCAAGGCCAAGGGCAAAAGAACUAGAGUCCCUGAAUAGGCUAGUCAGCAGUGUUGUGUGCAUGUAUAUAAGCUUCCUGCUAAAGCUGUGUAUUGCUGUCUUAAUAAAUAAUUUUGUAGUAAAUGUGCAA